GAUUUAAUUCCUCCAACCCCCCCCCCCCAAAUGUAGGAAAGGAAAGGAGGGGUGAAGGGGAAGAAAGCCCAGAGAUAUUCUUAAAAAGAAAAGUUUUGCCAAUCUUGCACCCAGAGAGAGUGCAGAGACCCUCCAGAGUUUUGGCACCUUGGUGAUUUGUUCCCAGAGGAAAUUGCUUUCUUUUAGAAGGAUAGAAGAAAAGGAAAGAAUGGGGACUGUGGCAAAAAUCCAGGCUCAAGAGGGAGACCAUCAUGAAAAGUAAUGUGCAGAUCAGCUCUCAAAAUGUCUUCUGUGUCUUCCGUGUACCUCCUAAGCCAGUUGCGUUAGCCGUCCUGCUAGCUGACUAAUAGAAUUAAUAACUGUAAAAGCAAAAAAACAAAAAAGCAUUCUAGAGCCACAUGCCUUAUGAAGUCAAUGCUGGGUAUGAUUUUAAAAAUAUGGUCCGGAAAAAGAACCCCCCUCUAAGAAACGUUGCUAGUGAAGGUGAACCCGAGACUCUCAAGUCGCCGGGUCCUGAAAGUGACACUAUUGAAAGGCAACGAGAAUUUUCUGCCGGUCCGAUGCAAGGGAACACUGAGCAGAGUGAGGCUGCGGAGCAAACUGACAAGGAGGGGUUUUGCACGCAUGUCCCAGAGUCAUCUCCCAGCACUAAAAAGGACUUUAAAAGCUCCGCAGCAAGCGAAAAGGCUGGCUUUAAUUAUGAAAGCCACAAUAAGGGAGGAAAUGUUCCAUCCUUCCCUCAUGAUGAGGUGACAGACAGAAAUAUGCAGGGCUUCUCAUCUCCAGCUGUUGGGGGAAUCUCAGAGUCCUUGAAGUCUCCUCUCAGAUCAGAUGCAGAUGACACCCAAGAUGUGAUCUGCACCCCGCCAGGAGAUCUGUCGGAGAAAAGCGAUGAGCAUCGCACAUCACCAAAAUCUACGGACGAAACAGUGCAUGUGCAAAGUGGUCAAGCCGAGGGCCGGGGUUCGAGCCCGGGUUCGGUGGCCUCAAAAAACCCACAAGUGCCUUCAGAUGGGGACGCAAGGCCAAGCAAAUUGAAAGCAGAUUUGCUGGCAAAUGAGAACCCUGAUAUGGCGCCUCUGUCUCCAGAGCUUCAGGACUUCAAAUGCAACAUCUGUGGCUAUGGUUACUAUGGGAACGACCCCACAGAUCUCAUCAAACACUUCCGCAAGUACCACCUCGGGCUGCACAACCGCACCAGGCAGGAUGCUGAGCUUGACACUAAAAUUUUGGCUCUCCACAACAUGGUGCAGUUCAGCCACUCCAAAGACUUCCAGAAAGUCAAUUGUUCUGUGCUGUCAGGGGUCCUGCAGGAUAUCAAUUCCCAAAGGCCUGUCCUGCUAAACGGGACUUAUGAUGUGCAGGUGACUUUAGGUGGGACCUUUAUUGGCAUUGGACGCAAAACUCCAGAUUGCCAGGGGAACACCAAGUAUUUCCGCUGCAAGUUCUGCAAUUUCACCUACAUGGGCAAUUCAUCGACAGAGCUGGAGCAACACUUCUUGCAGACCCACCCAAACAAGAUAAAAUCCACCGUUCCUGCCUCUGAAUCCAGCAAAGCCUCAGACAGGAACUCGAGCAAAUCCAGUCCUACUGUUCGAUCAUGUGAGGCUGCAGAUUUGGGGAAGUGGCAGGACAAGAUCACCAUUAAAGCAGGAGAUGACACUCCAGUUGGUUACUCAGUUCCCAUCAAACCUCUCGAAUCCUCAAGACAAAACGGUACGGAUGCCUCCAGUUACUACUGGUGCAAAUUCUGCAGCUUUAGUUGUGAAUCAUCCAGCUCGCUGAAACUGUUAGAACAUUACAGCAAGCACCAUGGGGGGAGCCAGGCAGGGGGCCCUCACCCAGAUCGGAAUGACAAGCUCUCAAGGGGGUCGGUCAUUAAUCAUAAUGACUUAGCCAAAAAUUCAGAUGGAGAGUUAGCAACAAAGACUGAGAAGGGCUCUAGCGUGGCCAAAAAGAAAGACUUUUCCAGCUCAGGAGUGGAGGACAACAUGGUGACAAGCUACAAUUGUCAGUUUUGUGAUUUUAGAUACUCUAAGAGCCAUGGCCCAGAUGUAAUAGUGGUGGGGCCUCUUCUUCGUCAUUAUCAGCAGCUACACAACAUUCACAAGUGUACCAUUAAGCACUGUCAGUUUUGUCCCCGAGGCCUCUGUAGUCCAGAAAAGCACCUUGGAGAAAUUACUUAUCCUUUUGCUUGCAGGAAAAGUAAUUGUUCCCACUGUGCUCUCUUGCUCUUGUCCCCUGGGAUGCCAGGAGGCUCCAGAGUCAAGCACCAGUGUCACCAGUGCUCUUUCUCCACCCCCGAUGUAGACGUUCUCCUGCUUCACUAUGAAACCACACAUGAAGCCCAGGCGACUGAAGUCAAGCAAGAAGCUAAUGCCCCGCAAGGGUUGGAUGGGCUGCUGAGUGUCAAAGAAAGCAAAGACCACACGUGCACCAAAUGUGACUUUGUCACUCAGGUAGAAGAGGAGAUUUCUCGACACUACAGGAGAGUCCAUAAUUGUUACAAAUGUCGUCAGUGCAGCUUUACAGCUGUUGAUACUCAAACCCUACUGGAGCACUUCAACACUGUGCACUGCCAAGAGGUGGACAUCACCACAGCCAAUGGGGAAGAUAGCCAUGGGGUGGCUGCUGCUCUCAAGGAAGAGCCCAAAGUUGACCUAAAGGUCUAUAGCCUGAUCAGUGCAGACCCCAAACUGGGAGAGCCCGUCUCUGAAACUAUAGUGAAGAGGGAAAAGCUGGACGAGAAGGAAGUACUGAAGGAGAAAUGUUGGCCUGAUGGGUCCAGUGACGAUCACCGUGGUGCACCUUGGAGAGGAGUGGACAUUUUGAGGGGGAGCCCUUCCUUUACCCAAACAAGCUUGGGCCUUCUGACCACAGUGUCUGUGGGCCAAGAGCAGCCAAAGCCCUUAAGGGAUAGUCCAAACGUAGAAGCUGCCCAUCUUGCACGGCCUGUUUAUGGCUUGCCUGUCGAGACCAAGGGGUUCCUGCAAGGGGUGCCCCAAGGAAGCGGAGAGAAAGCUGGACCACUCCCUCAGCCAUAUCCUGGAUCUGGUGAUAACAAGGCGAAGGAUGAAUCUCAGUCCCUCCUACGGAGACGUAGAGGCUCAGGAGUUUUCUGUGCCAACUGCCUGACCACAAAGACCUCUCUCUGGCGAAAGAAUGCAAAUGGAGGAUAUGUAUGCAACGCGUGUGGUCUCUACCAGAAGCUUCACUCGACUCCCAGGCCUUUAAACAUCAUUAAGCAGAACAACGGUGAGCAGAUCAUUAGGAGACGAACGAGAAAGCGCCUUAACCCGGAGGCACUACAGGCUGAGCAGCUAAACAAACAGCAGAGAGGGAACAGUGAGGAACAAGUCAACGGCAGCCCGUUAGAUAGGAGGUCAGAGGAUCAUAUAACAGAAGGUCACCAGAGAGAAAUCCAGCUUCCCAGCCUGAGUAAAUAUGAAGCCCAGGGCUCAUUGACUAAAAGCCAUUCUGCUCCGCAGUCAAUAUUGGUCAGCCAAACUCUGGAUAUUCACAAAAGGAUGCAACCUUUGCACAUUCAGAUAAAAAGUCCUCAGGAAAGUACCGGAGACCCAGGCAAUAGUUCCUCUAUAUCAGAAGGAAAAGGAAGCUCAGAGAGAGGCAGCCCAAUAGAGAAAUACAUGAGACCUGCUAAGCAUCCGAACUAUUCGCCACCCGGAAGCCCCAUUGAAAAGUACCAGUACCCACUCUUUGGGCUUCCAUUUGUACACAAUGACUUUCAAAGUGAAGCUGAUUGGCUGAGAUUCUGGAGUAAAUAUAAGCUGUCCGUUCCCGGGAAUCCACACUACUUGAGUCAUGUGCCUGGCCUACCAAAUCCUUGCCAAAACUAUGUGCCUUAUCCCACCUUUAAUCUGCCUCCUCAUUUUUCAGCUGUCGGAUCUGAUAAUGACAUUCCUCUAGAUUUGGCGAUAAAACAUUCCAGACCUGGGCCAACUGCAAAUGGUGCCUCCAAGGAGAAAGCGAAGGCACCGCCAAAUGUAAAAAAUGAAGGUCCCUUGAAUGUAGUCAAAACAGAGAAAGUUGACCGAAGUACUCAAGAUGAGCUGUCAACCAAGUGUGUGCACUGUGGCAUUGUCUUUCUGGAUGAAGUGAUGUAUGCCUUGCAUAUGAGUUGCCAUGGUGACAGUGGACCUUUUCAGUGCAGCAUAUGCCAAUAUUUUUGCACGGACAAGUAUGACUUCACAACACACAUCCAGAGGGGCCUACACAGGAACAAUGCACAAGCUGAAACGAAUGGCAAAUCUAAAGAGUAAAGAUAAAUAAAAUAAAAUAAACCUUAGCACUUAGCACAAUUAAACAGAAAUAGGUUUCCUUGAUGGGAAUUCAAUAGCUUGUAAUGUCUUAUUAAGCACUUCAUAUAGCAAGCAUGCCUUAUCCAGUAUACAAUCCUUCGUUCUUUUCUCUUCCCUCCUUUUCCUUCCUCUAGACAAAAAAAAAAAGUUACCAAGAAGGAAAAGCAAAAUGGAUGGCAGCUGGAAUUGGGGGUUAAGGGAUAUUUACUUGGGACCCGUCCACCAAAACUAUACAGAAGACACUAUAUCAGGGCAAGUCUCUUCAGGGGGGGGAAACCCUAAUCAGACAACUAAUGCUUUUCGUUCUUGUAGCUGGCUAGAAUGCAAAGAUGUAUAAUGCAGGUGUACAGUAACAUAUGCACACUGUAUAGCAAAAUGGACUUGUUAAAUAAACUGAUGUCCAGAAAUCUAGUAGUAUUUUUUUUUUCCUCAUUUGGGUUCACUUUGGCCUUAUUAGAGCAUCCGACAGCAUCCGCCAUUUCUGCAAUCUGGAGGUAGUAUUUUUCUCCAGACAUCACUCACGCAAAACCAGCCGGUAGCUACUAUUUUGAUGGCUAUCGCCUUGCAGUCUACAACAGUACUCCCCAAUCUAUCAAGGUCUAGUGCAAUAGUAGAUCGAAUAGGUACCUGCAGACCCAGGAACAAUCAUCAGGAGCAUUCAAAAUCAUGAAAGCCUCAGUGUAAUGCUCCUUCCCUUGCAAUCUGAAAACUUUUUUUAAAAUGAAAAAGAAUCUCAGGAAAGGUUAAAGUUAAAUGGCGCUGGUGUCGGGGAAAAAGAAAAAGAAAACCUAUAUAUUUGUAGUCCAGACCUUCUCCUUUCCAGUCUGAAAGAUGCGAGAAGGCCCUUUAAAAUAGAUAUUGUGCUGGUGUUCAUUAAUUUCCAGCCCAGUACAGGCCCCAGGGUUGCAAACUACAUCUCAGGGGUUUCUGAGUAACGUGCUUUGGCCAAAAUACAGGUUUUGGAGUAACAUUCUGUAGAAAAGUGCUCUGCCUGGCGACUUAUCUCUUUUAUGGAAGCUUCUUUACCAAUUUGAUGUGCAUAGUAUUAAUGUUUUGCAUUAGCUAUUCUUUCUAAAUUUCGCUUCAGGGUUGAGUGUAUGACUCACUUUCCCCAAAGCCCUUUGGUUAUUUAUAUGUAGCGGUCAAUCUCUUCACUAGACUUAAUGCCAGCUUUUGCUCGUGUCUGCCUUCAUGGCUGUUUUUGUUUUUGAUACUUUAAAAAGAAAAAGAGAGGGGAGGUUUUGUAAAACUAGCCCAUGAAGGGAAAGCUCCUCAGCGUAACUGCUCAGGGAAAUAGGUCUAAAUAACUCAAUAUUCAAUCAUUGGUUCAAGGUGCUUUUAGCCAAGCCUCCAUAGAUGCUACAAGGAUCUGCAAAGGACAGACUUCAAUUCAUUUGCACGAUAUCGGCCCAGCAGUAGUUUUGAUUGUUGUUUUUACGAAGGGAUAUACAAAGAGAUAUUACAAGCUACUGGAUGCACUGUCAGAUUAACUUAUUUCAUUUAAGAAGUUGGGAGAACAAAUAGGGGAAAAAACUUAUUUUUCUAGUAAAUAUUAAUGUAUUACAUUUCAAAUAAUGGUGCCUGACAUAUUGAAUAAUUAUUUUCUACAGUGUACGUAUGCAACAAAGAUAUUCCAUCAUGCAUAAGAUUCAGCGCUGGCUCAGCCUCGCUCUGUUUACAUUUGCAAAUGUAGCAAACAAGGUAAUGAAGCAAAUUUCUAUUGCAGUAGGUCUCUUUUAUUUGUGCGUGUGUGUGUGCAUUAAAAUUGUAAACAGUAACAUGAAAUGAAUGGACUUUGUUGAUAUUAAUGAUUUGCUGGGGGAGAAGAAGAUGAAAAAAGAAGAAGAAAAUGGCAAGAAGGAAAUACGAGAAUAUUUUUACGCCUACUUAGGAGGAAGCGAAAGGGUAGCACGAUUCAUUCCAAGUACUUUUUUGUAUUCUUAAGCUCUUAACUCACAUUGUUAUGCUUAAAAUGAUAAACAUAUAUCCUCUUUUUAUUGCUUUGUCUAUGUUUCAGAUGAAACAUUUCAGAGAUUAUGUCGAGAGGUGCCAUACGACUCCUUGGCACUGAAGGUUUUUAUUGCAUUCUGUAGUCGCAUUGCACUCCCGUUUUUACCAUAUUACACAGCCGCUUCAUUGUU